UGUUAUUGAGUAGUGAUAAAGCGUCUCCUUAGAAAGAAGCUUCAAGUAAAUAUGGAGAAAGAUGACCUAAAACCCGCCGGAAAACCUUUGUACAGGCUUUACUUCAAGGGUUUGGUAACCGAGGAAAAAGCGAUGUUAUUCGCAGCAUUCGGCGUUGCAAUUUGCGGCGACAAGGAAGAUCUAUUGUUUGACAUGAAGGGGCCAAUUCAUGACCCCGCAAUUACACUUUUGGAGGCUGAGCUUAUAGCAUUGAAGUGUGGAUUAAGUCAAGCCGUGGGUUUGGGGAUCAAUCAUAUCUCAAUUUGCUGCGAUCAUAAUCAGAUUUUCGAAUUGGUCAUGGGGAGAUUCACUCCUGACAAAGAAAACAUUGCCUUGCUAAUGCGUGAUGUGCAAGGCAUCAGAAACAAUUUGACGUCUAGCAUCCCUGUUAUGUUGACUCUAAGUCAAUCUAAUUUUGCCUACGAACUUGCAAUUGAAGCAAUCUCUUCUGAUAUCAUCAUAGAUAUUCCUCCUCAGAAAGAGACUUGCAAUAUAUGUUUGAACGAUGACAUCAAUGCUGAUCAGAUGUUUUCGGUUGAUAAAUGUGGUCAUAUGUUUUGUUCUGAAUGCGUUAAACGACAUAUAGAGGUGAAACUACUAGAGGGAAGUUUGAUCAGCUGUCCUCAUUAUCUUUGCAGUUCUCUGCUGAGUUCUGAAUUUUGUGUCAACAUUUUGACUCCUAAACUAAAAGAGAUGUGGGAGAAAAAGACUAAAGAGGACUUGAUUCCUGUAACGAAUAGAGUUUAUUGCCCAAACCCGAGGUGCUCGACUUUAAUGUCGGAAACCGAGCUCUCUGGACUUAUUAUUGGAGUUAGGAUAUGCUGUGUAAAAUGUGGCGAACCCUUUUGCAUCAACUGCAAAGUACCGUGGCAUAAUAACUUUUCGUGCGAGGAGUACAAGAGAUUGCAUCCAAAUGCUACAGAAAACGAUGGAAAGCUAAAAGAUCUAGCGAAUGAGAAAUUGUGGCGUCAAUGCAGCAAGUGUAAACACAUGAUUGAACUUUCUUCUGGAUGCGUCAGUGUAAUUUGCAGAUGUGGACAUGAGUUUUGCUACCGAUGUGGAGCCGAUGCUGGAGAUUGCUCUCAUGGUCAUGGCUUACCUCUUACAGAUGAUCUGCUUUUGACACCAUGCUGUGCUUUUUGCUGCUGUUCUGUUUUCUUUUUGGUGAUAAUUGCUAUUGUUGUUGUUACUAUAAUAUUCCUCAUAAGACGGUUCUCGUAAGACGGUUAUAGCAAAAACGACAUAGCCACUUCAAUUGAUUUGUCAUGAUAUAUUCUACUUGCAAUCUCGAGUGAUCAUCUCCUUCCAGCAACAAGCCAAGAUCAAUUUGAUUUUUUACUAGGAUUGAAAAUUGCUCAUCAGCCUCCUAUAACAUUUAAUAGUCCGGAGAAGCUCUAGCUCUACCGGUGGUUUCUUUUAUCACUCAUCUUCCUUUGCCAUUUAGGGGUUUUUGGAUAAAUAUUGUCUUUCUUCUGUCCCAAGUUACAAUCUUGGUUUAAACCCUUCUUGCUUUUUCUUCGGUACUUCCGGUCUACUGGCGGCGUAUGUGAUGAAUAUAAGCACCAGAAUAUUAAUCUAGGAUAGGCAAUGGACAAGCCACACAUGAUUGAUCAAAUUGAUUGAUCUUUGGGCUGAUAACGGUGGAUUAUUUGGUCCGGGUUCCAUCAAACAUAUACAUCUUCAACGCAAGAUAUCUCCAUGUUAAAUUAAAAUUUGGAUAUCAAGUCAUUGGGGAACUUAACC